UAUUUGUAUCGCGGACGGAUGUACGUCGUCGUCGCUAACGUCAUCGGUUCGGAAACCGAAAUGUCUCGGACUUUCUGGUGAACUGCAGUGUUGGCAGUUUUUACUCGAUCAAACCACGAUCAGGUCACAGUAAGCUGGUGAAGUCAAUUGUUGUUUUCGAGUUUUAUUUUCGUGCAAGAUUUCGUCGGCGAAUCAAUUUUCCUGGCUCCGAACGUGCUGAGGUUCGGCUGGUGUUUCACUCUUGGUAAGAGCAAGGAUAAUCAGUAAAACGGUGAUGUAAGAGUGGCAGAAGAGAGUUUUCGUCCUCAGCAUUCGUCGUCUCUCGCUCUCACUCUCUGUCUCUGUUUCUCCGUGUUCCGAUGGGCUCGUGUAUGGCGGUGUUGGUGUUCGUCAGGACGAGGAAAAGUGCAUUUUCUCUGCUCGAAUUCGGACUUCCUGUGGCGGCAGUGAUGAUGGUGUUGGUACAGAGCCGCUGUUUUUCUCAUCGGUAACCAGAAGCAAACAGCAGGCACAACACACGAUGGAAAAUCAAAAUUAUCAAUCUUCCCAUUCACGUACUCAGUCUUUGGCGGAUAUUCGAACGAACGCGUCGCGUGUAUUUCUCUGGCGUGAAUGUUUUGCCGAGUGUGCAAUUCGUGACACGUCUCGUGAGUGUUGUUUUCCCGGGCGCGCUUGGUUCGUUAUCGCUUUGUCUCAUCGGCAGCAGCGAGCGGAUGUAACGAUCGCGAUCGGGCGGUAUGCCAUCGAGUGCUCACACGAUCGACGCCGGUAAUGAUCGUAGCAGCUAUGCGGGCACCGUUGAACAGGUGGCAGUAGUAAAGUUGGGAAGUGAAAGUACGCGGGUGCAGAACGAGUGACGCGGAUAAAUACAAUUAACAUCGGUGACAAGUGAAACAAUCGGAUCGGAGGUGUUGUGGAAGCAGGUGCCGGUAGAAUGUAGGACAAACACGAAGCAAAUCCUAGUAUCGAUUGAAGGAUUGUGUCACAGGCAGUCUUAAGCUGGGGCUCUUUUAAAGACAGGUGCCAACUCGAGCUGAACGGUACCAACCCGGCAUCGGAACGGGUUUGAUGGAUGUUGUUUGUGUUUUGUGAUUUUUCUUCUAUAUCCGUGGAAAUCAAGAAAGUGAGCCACUUCAGCUAUUGCAACAAGUGUUAGUUGGAAGAAGAAUUUGCCUGCUUGAUAGGGAAGAAGUGCUACAAACCUAGGCAAACCGAAAGGAGCGAAUCCUUUUCGUUCGGUUGAUAGUAAUAAUAAUAAUAAUAAUCAUAAUAAAAAUCGAAAAAAAAGCUUGAAAAAGCAUCAAGUAAUAAGCCAUAGAGCCGUGAAAAAAGGUGGUGUUCAUUUUCUACCCUUUCUAUUCGUGAUAAGAGUGUUUUUUUUUCUUGCGUGUGUCUGUGAGUGUCCAAGUCGUUCUUUUAUCUGUGUCCAAGUUCUCUGUGCAAGUGUCCAACCCCUCGUCACAUAAAUCAAUCAAUCAAUCAAUAUAUUACAAAAAAGUGUUCCUUUCAAUAAUCACCAAACUACAAUGCUUAAUUCGUUGGAAGCCUUGGCCGGCAAGAUCUCACCCGGAUCCGGCAAAAGUUCACCGUCGUCCGGCAUCGACAGCAACGGUAACAAGGUGCUGCUGGGUGGAUAUGCUCACCAUCAUCAUCACCUGCUGCACUCGGCCAAACAUCCCUACCAGAAGCCGGGUCUCAGCAACAACAACAACAACAGCAACGUCGUGAACAAUCCUGCCAAUGGGGCUCUGGUGGCCGCGACGGCUGCGGCAGCGGUGGUGGGGACGCUGGUCGGUGCCGGUGGUAUCCCGUUGAUCGGAAGUAGCAAUGGACCCACCGGACCCACUGACCACCACCAUCACCGAGUGGCGGACGUUCCGGAUGUGGCGACGCAGAUCGAGAUGAACGCGAAGGAAAACGCCAUCCUGAACAUGAACAACAACAACAGCAGCACCGCCAACAAUAACCUCAACCUUGCCAACAACAACAACAACAACAAUCAUACGUUGAACAACAACAACCCAAAUGUGAUAAACCAAAACAACAACGGAAGCAGUUGUCUUGGUGUGGACAUGCAGCAGCUAAUUCCGGCACGAAAGUCACCCACCGGCUGCGAGGACGAGGAAAUUCCGAGGGAUCAACCCGAUCCGGAUUACAUCAAGAUGUUCGUCGGCCAGGUGCCCCGGUCGAUGGACGAACAGCAGCUGAAGGACAUGUUCGAGGAGUUUGGCCGGGUGCACCAGAUCAAUGUGCUGCGGGACAAGGCGUCCGGGCUGAGUAAAGGGUGCUGUUUUGUGACGUUUUAUACACGAAAAGCGGCCCUCAAGGCCCAGGAUGCGCUGCACAACAUCAAAACGCUUGGGGGGAUGCAUCAUCCGAUUCAAAUGAAACCUGCCGAUAGUGAAAAUAGAAAUGAACGGAAGUUGUUCGUCGGUAUGCUGAGUAAAAAGUACAAUGAGAACGACGUACGGCAGCUUUUCUCCGGGCACGGUCAGAUCGAGGAGUGUACGGUGCUGCGGGACACGUCCGGACAGAGCAAAGGCUGUGCGUUUGUUACGUUUGCAACCAAGCAAGCAGCGAUCGGAGCAAUCAAGUCGCUACACCAGAGCAAAACGAUGGAAGGUUGUUCGGCUCCGCUGGUGGUUAAGUUUGCCGACACCCAAAAGGACAAGGACGCCAAGAGGAUGCAACAGAUGCAGUCGAAUCUGUGGAACAUUGCCGGCAUCAAUCAACCGAUCACGCAAUCGGUGACACCCCUGACGGCACCGGCUACCGGCCACCAUCCGAACCCACCGCAACAGCAAACACCGUUCCUAGCGGCCGACGCAAUCUCACCGGCCUCCCUGACGCUCCUGCAGCAACUCCAGGCGGUGGCCCAGCAGCAACAGUUUCUGCAAGGUCUCGGUGCUCAGACUGACACAACGACGGCAGCAGCCGCAGCCGGACUGUUGAGUCCACUGUCGAUGCAGAACCUGGUAACGCUGGCGGCCAUGACGCAGCCCUCGCUCCAGGCAGCCGCCGCCCAGACGCCCAGCGCGGCCAUCACCAACGCAGCGACCUCAUUGUGUCUCUUAGGGAAGACAGCCUCAGGGGCAGCCGGAACUGAUACCGCACUGACGCAGUACGCCGCACUGCCGCAGUUUGGUUCGGCCGCAACAGCAGCAUUCACCACAACGCCUUUAGCAAAUCCUACGAUGGCGCAAGCAGUGGCCGCAGCCGCUGGCAAGCAAAUUGAAGGUCCCGAGGGUUGCAACCUGUUCAUCUACCACCUACCGCAGGAGUUCACCGAUACCGAUCUGGCCUCGACGUUCCUCCCGUUCGGCAACGUCGUAUCCGCCAAGGUUUUCAUCGACAAGCAAACCAAUCUGUCCAAGUGUUUCGGCUUCGUAUCGUUCGACAAUGUGGCCUCGGCGCAGGCCGCCAUCCAGGCAAUGCACGGUUUCCAGAUCGGUACCAAGCGGCUGAAAGUGCAGCUGAAGCGUUCGAAGGACGCUUCGAAGCCGUACUAGACCACCCGCAGGUCAAGAAGCGCAGGAUUUCACCAGACGGCCAGCAAAAUCGGACCAGAGAGAGAGAGAGAGAUAGAGAGUGGUCGAAAGUUCAGAGGGGAAGAAUCAAAGAGAGAGAAAAAAAAGAGAAAGCAGCUACUCGUUCGUCGUUCUGUUCGUGCUUGUCGGUCUAUUGCUAGAGAGAGAGAGAGAGAGAUAAGUUCUAUUGUUUUAUUAUUUUUUUACAUAAGACACAGUCAAACACACACAUAUGCAAACGUGCAACCACUAAUUGUUACUCACUGUCGUAACGGUCGUCGGGUAGAAACUGUGGUAGAGUCAGUCUCUGUUUCCUGUUUUCGAUGAUUGGUGAAGAAAAAAGGUUGUCGUUUCCUGUUCGAUAAUUUUUGAUUAUCAACUUUUUUUUUCGUUACUUGUUCGGAGAUCGUUCGUUCGUUCGGUGAGAAGACAAGAAUUCCAAAACAACAAAACUAAUGAUACAAAAACAAACUAGCUAGCACAAACAAACAAAAGGUAGCUGCGCGCAUCGAUCACCGUCGUAGACUAUAAUGUUCAUCCUUAUCAUUAACCGGAAUUUGUUGAGUAGUUAUUUUUUUUUUUGUUUACUGCAAUUUUUAUUACAAUCAUUACUAUUAUUACUAUUAUUAUAAUAUUAUCAAUUCUUUUCGUCGUAGAGGAAAAGUAGUACAAUUAGGGCCUGACGGCUGGGAAUGCCAACUUCUCCCUGGAAGUUACCCAGUGUUAUCUUUUUUUUAGCAAAAAUCACACACACAUCGUGGAUGUUGUUUUUGGUUUCUCAUUUAUUUUGAAACGAUUAUGACCUGGGGAGGAGCUGACUUCUGUUGAGACCCCCGGGAAAACCAAAGGCUAGUAGUCAGUUUUCAUUUGUUUAUUGCUGUUUUUCUUUUUAAAUUAAUCACCCCAAGUGAAUUAGGAUUUGUUUUAUAACCCUACCAAAAAAAACCGCUAUCUUGUGUUUAAUGGUAAUCACAUUAAACCUAGGCACCUGAAUUAAAAUGAACUUUGUUAUAUUUCCAUCGCCACCCCCACCCUCCUUAUUCUUACAAACAUAACGCAAGUGAAUUAUUUGAAUUGGAUUUUCUUUUUGUUACUCUUCUCUUUCAUUGCAAGCAACAGUUUUACGCAUAAGAGUAAACGAUUAAUAAUUUAUUAUCAUACCGAUUCACUGAUUAUCAGAAGAAGAAAAAAAAUACAAUUAAUUAGUUAAUUAGUAGUUACACGUAUAUGUAUUGGUUAAGUGAAUGGACUUGUAACUUGUGGAGUAACACUGAUUUGAUGAAUGUGAGCUAUGUUAGGACAGUUGAACACCGAACCACAAACACAAGAGCACACACAUACACAGUCGGGAGAAAAAAAACCAACGUGAAAACUUUGUUAGUGAAAAGCUUAUGUAUACAUGUAACUAUUUAUGUAUAAUCAGAUUAAAUGUCACUCAUUCAUUAUUCAUUUCUGGUAUCAACGCGUCAUUAUUAAUUCUAUUAAAAUUUGAAAUUACUAUCAAUUUAGUGGAUGGACGGAUGCAUAAUUGCAGGCCACCGUGAAUUGAAAGUGGAGCGAAGCGAGCGAGGUUGGCAACAACACUAUCGAUGACCGAGUUCCGCACGGGAAUUUCGUUCACACCCCCCACCCCCCACCCCCACGGUACCCGCUGGUGUCGGUAGUGUGGAAUGGAAUUAAGCUGUACUACCGGUAGUGUGUAGGUGCACGAAAGUAAUAAUAAUAAUUAUGAUUACAAAUUGGACCAUAAUUAGUGUGAGAGAAAGGUAGCACAAUACGUUUUCGUGCUGCUGCUUCGAACGCAUUUUGGGGUUUGGGGGUGGAAAAAAAAUGAUUACAUCAUUGGUAGGAGCAAUCAGCAAACCGCAUUGGAACCACAGUUGGUUUCUGUAUGGCAAUGGAUUGAUUUUAUUUUUUUUCUGCCGUUUGUGGUUUGAUAAAAUCUGAUCCCAUUUUUUUUUUAUUUCGCUUGAUUCAACACUUGAUUCUUGGUUGGUAAUACCGUUCGAAUUCAUGUGCAGUAUUGUCCGGGUUUUUGCAGAUUUACGAUGGCCAGAAGAUGUUCAGGAAUAAUGAAACCAGUCUCCUAAGUACACGGAGAAAAAUCUAUGGUACUAUCAACCAUAUUGAAGGUUACUUCAAUCGAAUUCCUACAUUGAAAUCGGCAUAACCAUGUUUUUGAUUUACUUCGACUGACUAUGAACUUCAAAAUGAACUGGAAUACAAGGUUGUUUUUAGCUCCGAUUUUAAGGUAUUUUCAACGAAUAUUCGUUUGGAACAACUAUAAUUAUGGUUGUUCCAGUUUGACAGCUGAAAACUCUUAGGUAAAUUCAACCAUACUUCACAACUUAUUUCAAACAAAGUUUGGAUUACACAUACUGAGAUUUUUUUUUUAAAUGAACAACAAAAUAGUGAGUGCAAUAAUUACUUCUUGUUGAUUCAAAGAAAAAGUUUGUUCGAACGAAAUGAGAAGUUUUGAGGUAGAACGUUAUAUUUUGGUUAAGGGAAAUGAAAUUAAUUUUAUUCUUUCGUUUGUAUUUUCCUCAUAAGUACAUUGCUUCAAGUUUUGUAGUUACAUAGUCGUAAAUAAGUGGUCCUUUCUAAAUAAUGUUGAUCUAUAACAUUGCCUAUUAUUAUUUUCUAUGUUACUUACUACUACUGGUCUAGCUGUAGUGCUUAUUUCAUACGAUUGCAAGUGUUCGUUACAUUUCUUUUAUUUUAUAUUUCUCGCAGAGCAGCAAAAGCGCAUUAUCGUUAUUGAAAAAUAUUUCUGUUAUUUUGAAAAUAUCAGUGGUAUCACUGCAUAUUGUACCUUAUUUUAGAUAGUAUUCUUCAUUUAUAUAAUUUAGCAAAAAAAAAAUAUGGAUUUUUCAUUAACAUUAACUGAAUUAAAGAUAUUAUACUUCUCUUGUUCAGACUGGAAUUGAUUAAAAUCUAUUUGACUUUCGUCGUAUGUAAUUUUCGAGGUUGAGGAAUUUUUUCCGAUACAAUCAUAUGCAAAUUUAAAAUCGGAUUUUAUGGCUAUGGUUGAGCGCAUAUCUAUACGAUUACUGUUAAUUCUACAAUACGCUUUGAAUUCUUUAUGUUUCGAUUCAAACCUCAUUGACUAAUGUGUGCACCAUGUACUGUACCAUGUUGUGAUGUUUCGGUUUGAGAGUAUCUUGGAAUAGUUUUACAUAUUGAUUAUGAUGAAAUGUUAUAAGUGAUUUUAGCUCUUUGGCCAACGGUAAUAGAAUUUCUCUCAAAAGUAAGAUGUGAACUAUUUUUACCGAAGCACAUGCAAGCUGUCAUACAGCAUCUGUUUCGGGCACUAGAGGACCUAUAAUCAACGGAAGAAACAUUAUUAAUGUCUUCGACUCUUUUGAUUCUUUUCAUUUUAAUAUGGUGCUCUUGAAUAUCAUGUAUAAUGUAAUGUUACUUGAAUGCACAUUUGCACAGUUCAGUUCACACUUUUUACAAUAUAAAUUCACUUUAAAAACAAUGGAAACGAAAACUAAACACAGCCGAGAAGAAGCGAGCUAACGAUGAAAGCAACCGAAGCAAACUGAAAAAGUAUUUUGUUUUGACUUAAUCGUCAGGCGGUAUUCACCUAACCGAAAAUUUAGGUUAUUUAUACUCAACAUAUAUGUAUCAUCCAACAAGCUGAAUUUUGAUUGGUACAACUUUGAAUAUGAUUUAAAAUAACUAAUUAUUUUGGUGUAAGCAAACAUUUUUAAUCUUACAACAAUAAUAUUGAAUGAUUGGAAACUUAUUGAAUUAAUAAUUUGGAUUAAUAUAAAUCAUUGGUUUGAAACGGAAAAUUUUCAAUUUUGAUUCAAUAAAUAUUUGACUUUGAAUUUCAACAAUACAAUUAGUUGUUUCAAACUAAGCCAAUUCCUCUCUGUGUAACAUCAUACCGGCGGUGAAAGUAUAAAUAAGUACAUUAACAUAAACUUGAGCGCUGCUGUGGCUUGUGCUUGCUACUUCAUUAUGGGCCGAGUGAUCCAACGAAUAUUUAAUGCACGAUUUGUAGAAAUCCCAAUAAUCUUUGAUCAGUAUCGAAGCCGAUUAAAGAUUGUUAGAAUUCCGACUCUUAGAACUCUUCACUUGGGAAGACAUUUCGUCGAAGACCGUUUCACCGAACAGACCAUUUUCGUCGAAUGCCAAUUUGUCACGAAUCAAACGAUCGUAGGCGUAUGCCAGUGUUGGAAAUCCCAUCAAUGCGAGGACCAGCAGACUAAAUUUUGUAGCGCUUAGCAUCCUGGUUGAUAUGGCAAAGAUAAAAAAGCGAUGUUUUAAGUCCCGGUGGUAAAAGUUUGAACAUUUUCGAUCUUGAUAAAAUAAUUGGUUUAAGGGCUGAGAACAUUACGCUACAGACGUAGGUGUUUUUUUUUUGCUAUUUUCAAAUUAAAUUUUCUUGAAAACGGUAAUGAAUAUCGAAAAACCCGAAAAUCUGACAAAAUCUCUUCGAAAUUUAGUUGAGAAUAUUCUGUGAAAUUUUCAGAAUGAUUCAUUGAGUUUACCGCUCGUGUUGUAUUUUUUCCUACUGGAGAACUGCUGAAAAUUGGAACGCUCGGAAUUUGUUCAUCGAAUAACCUGGCUUUGAAGGCUUGUAUCAUAAAUCUACCGUGACAAAGUCUAGAUAAUUUAGUUUAGGUGCGAUUAGUGCACAAAAACAUAUAAAGACUGUCCCAGAAAGUAUGGACGCACUUUGAUUUCGCUGUAAAUAAUUCACAAGUGUUAGAUAUUCAAAUUUUAUUCCAUAUACUGAUCAUAUUAGACUACAACAACAGAAUAUUAUUCUCAACAUUUGCUACUUAGCCAUAGUAGACUAGCUGGCGCACCUUCUUGCGAAUGUUCCUCAUUAAACUCCGUGCAGACUUCUUGGCGACAAGUUUUGACACUUUUUUCCAAUCUUUUUCGAACUGUUGAAUCGUUUCGACUGCCGAGAUAUGUUUCCUGAGAUGUGCCUUCGUUAAUGCCCAAAAUUCCUCAAUUGGUCGAAGCUGUGGGCAAUUUGGUGGAUUGGGACGAAAGUAGUAUACCAUUCUACCGUUGAUUUCGAGUAGUGGCAAGAAGCAAAAUCUGGCCAGAAGACAACAGGAUCCUUGUGGCUUCGAAUCAUGGUCGUUUUUGUAAACAUUCCUUGAUGUAUAUUUCGCUGUUCAUUGAAUCAGUGGUGAUGAAGGGUUUCGAAAUCUUACCGCUGCUUCAAAUUGCUUGCCAGACCACUCGGACUGGUUUAACACUUGCCCUUUUCGCACCGUAUAAUAUUGUGCUCCCGGCAAGGAUUUGUAAUCGAUUUUCACGUAGGUUUCGUCGUCCAUGAUUAUGCAGUUCAAAUUUGCCAGCAAGAAUCGUAUUGUACAGCUUUCGAACCCUCGGCCUGAUCGAUGCUUUUUGUUUCGGACUACGCUUUGCUUGUUUAUGCUUCUUAUAGGUUCAAAGAUUCAAACGUUUUUUAGCACGAAGAACAUUUGACUUCGAAGUGCCCACAUUUUUGGCCACAUCCCGAACUGAAACCUCCUUCUUUUGCUCGAAAGCCUUCAGUAUACGUUUAUCCAACUGAGGGUUAGCAGGACCUUUUUUCGACCCGUUUUUGGUUUAUGCUCAAAGGUGUUAAUCCUCACCGAACAUCGUGAUUGCAUUUCGCACGGCUUUUUCACUUACUCCUUCCAUUUUUGCUAUCUUUCUCAGUGACAGUUCGCGUUCUGUGCACCAUUUGUACACAAUUUUUCGACGUUGUUCUGCUGAAAGUCCACGUAUUUUGGAACAAACUAAUGAAAACGAAUAAACAACUGCACAAGUGGUUGGAGAAGAGUGUAAACAACAGGACGCAGCCAUAAAAAUUAACAGAUUCUGAUCCAUUGCGAAAUGGCAGCGGUUUUUGGUUGCGUCCAUAUUUUCUGGAACAGUCUGUACAAAGUCAAUUUCAAUGCAUCCGCCAUUUUACUCGCUUUAGUUUCUUGGUGGUGUCCGGGAAAAGAAGAUUAGAGUAGAGAAAUAAAAUCUGCUCUAGAAGGUUCCUAAACACACAGACGCAAAGGGAAUUUAGGGAGUCAGGGAGGACCCACUGUCCUCAGGCCCAAAAGAAAUAUUCGAAACCUAAAUUUUUUUUCGACUCCAAAAGACGUAGUAUUGCAUGGAACGUCGAGAUUUGCUAUUUCGAAAAAAAAAAUUGGGACUGUUACUGAAAAAUUUUGAGAUUUCCUAAAUUGAAAAAUUUUUCAGUAUGUCUUAGAAUUGUGUUUCCUUAAAAAAACGUUUUCAGAACAUAAAAUCUUGACGUUUCAUGUAAUUUUAAGUCUUUUGACAUAAAAAAAAUUCGAUUUCGGAUAUCGCAAAAGAUAGUUUUUUUUGGCGUGACACUAAAUUAAAAUCGAAAAAAACAGUUAUGCCAAAAAUCUUAGAAAUUCAUAAAACGUGGAGAUAUGGUGUUCUCUCGAAAAGAAAUUCAUGCUGUUUAAAAAAAAUCGAUUUCGGAAUACUAAAAAUAGUCCCAGAGACGAAAUUUAAAUUUUUUUCGAGAUUCCACAAAAUCUUGACGAUUUAUGUAAUUUUGAAACGUUUGGCAUCAAAAAAGUCCCCGAAAUUUUUUGUCGAGAUGACACCAAAUCUCAAAAAAUCCAGAAAGUCGUUUUUUUUAUAAAAAAAAGUUUUCUGAUGACACCCAGUUUCAUCAUUUCAUGCAAUCCUAAGUCUUUUGGUAUUAAAAAAAUAAUUCGAUUACGGAAAUCUUAAAAGUUUCGGAAAGUUAAUUGAGGAAAAAAAUUUUUUGAACUAGACAUUAAAUCUCGAAAUUUUGAGAUUUCUAAAACCGAAAAAAAACAAUUUUGAUGACAAAAGUCUUAGAAUUUCAUGAAACGUGGGAUCGGGUGUUAUCUCGUAAAAAAAUCAUGCCAUUUCAAAAAGAAACAUUCGAUUUCAGAAAUCUAAAAAUAGUCCCAGAGUCGAAGAGUAGCAUAAAAAAAGUUCCUGGAAGUCGAUUCCUUUUGGAAUUUAAAAAAAAAAAACAAUUUUUCCUUUUUGGAAAUCUAAAAAGUCCCAGAAAGUCGACUUUACCAAAUAAAAAAUUUAUCGAGAUGACACCAAAUCUCAGAAGUUCCAAAAAGUUGAUUUAAGAUAAAUUCUAGAUGACACCAAAUUUCGACGUUUCAUGCAAUUCUUGUCGCAUUAAAAAAAUCGAUUUCAGAAAUUUCAAAAGUUCCUGAAAGGCGAUUUCUUGCAAAAAAAAAUUUUGAGAUUUCCAAAAUCGAAAAGAACAAUUUUGAUGCCAAAAGUCUUAGAAUUUCAAGAAUCGUGGAAAUCUGGUAUAUUCUUGAAAAAAAUGCAUGAUAUUUAAAAACAAUUAGUGAUGGGCGAGCGCUCACGAGCCGUUCAUUUGAACCGACUCGUAGCAAUGAGCGAACGAACCACGGCUCUUCAAAAUUGAACCGCGGCUCUCAAGCAGAGUUGCCAUUUUAAAAUCUGCGUUUCAACUUGGAAAAUCUGUGUGCCUGUGUACGUCCAAAUUUGAUUGCUUUUUUGGUUAAACGAUAAUGUUUUCUAAUGAAGCUGUUAAAAAUACAUAGGAACAUUUAUUCAGCAGUGAAUUUUCAAAGAAUUCUGUCGUAAUAGGAGAAGAAAAAUAGAUUUUUUUCCAAAUGGAAUUUCAACUAAUUUAUUUCAAUAUCCCGCUUCCUCGCACACGGACACCUCUAGUUGUGAAACACAAUUUUAGAUCGCCCAUACCGCUCAUGCAUUUCCGUGGCUCUCUCACGCACACUCACUCUCUCGAACCGCUUCUCCACAUUGACGUUUAUUGAAAAAGAGCCAAUAAGCCGUUCAAUUGAACCGGCUCUUACGAAAGAGCGUUCGGUUCAGAGCCGCUCAUUGAAAAGGGCCGUAUUGCCCAUCACUAAAAACAAUCCAUUUCGGGAAUCUGAACAUAGUCCCAGAGUCGAGAUUUGAAAAAAAAAUUAUUUUCGAGAUACCACAAAAUUUUGAUCGUGACUUGUAAUUCUAAAACCUUUGGCUUAAAAAAAAUCUCAAAAAGUCGAUUUUUAAAAAAAAAAUUGUUUUCGUGAUGACAUUGUCUCGUUUUUCUUCUUAGUCUUUUGGCACAAAAAAAAUCUCUUUCGGAAUUCUCGGCGUCCCAGAGAGUCGACAUUUUCCAAAAAAAAAUGCUUAUGACAAAUCUCGACGUUUCAUGCAAUUUUAAGCCUUUUAGCAUAAAAAAAGUUCUAUUUCGGCAAUCUCGGUGUCUCGGGAUGACACUAAUUCUCGACGUUUCAUGAAGUUCUAAGUCUUCUAGCACCAAAAAAAAAAAUCUGUUUCGGCAAUCUCGGCGUCUCAGAAAGUCGAUUUUUUCCAAAAAUUAUUUUUCGGCAUGACACAAAAUUUCAACAGUUCAUGUAAGUUUUUGGCAUCAAAAAAAAUUUUAGAUUUCGGAAACCUCAAAAGUCCCAGAAAGUCGAUGUUUUAAAAAAAUUUUUUUUUUCGAAGUGACAAUAAAUCUCAACGGUUCUUGCAAUUCUUCUUUUGGUUCUUUUGGUAUCGAAGAAACAAUUUUCGGUUUCGACAAUCUCAGUCCCAGAAAGUCGAUGCGAAAAAAUUUUUUUUCAAGGUAACACAAAAUCUUAACAUUUCAUGCGAUUUUAUGUCAUUCAGCAUGAAUUUUUUUUUGUUUUCAGAAAUUUGAAAGUUUUUCGUAGCUCCAGAAUGCCCAUUAAAAAAACACCUUAUGAAAAUGAAAAAUUAUGAGUCGUCGUCCUUCCGGAAAGUAGGUAAAGCAUCAACAUUUUCUCCAUCAUGGGUUGGUGCCCUCUGGAUGUUGGCUCCCGAGACGGUCGCCUCACCCUCACUACGGCUCUGACUUUGGAUAACCAAUCCUUUUCUGAUAUGUCGCUUACUCCUUCAAAACCAUCGUCCCCGUUAGAGAAAGCCAGCAUAGUGCUUAGAUCAGUGGUCCCGAAACUUUUUUAGCUACAUUUCUACUGUCCACCAAGUAAAAAAAAUGACAAUCGAUUUAGCCUUUUACGCAGUUAAUUUGAAAUUCAAAUAUAAAAUUGAAAGAAAUGGAACAAAGAAUAAUUUUCUGCCCAAUCCUGGGUAAGCAAAAUAGACGCCAAUAGAGAAAUAACAAAAUCUCACAUUUCCCAGCCGGUUUCAAUAGGUAGGGGAGAUUCUCGAUAAGUUUUUGCUUGCGAUAUUGAAUCACAGUAAAAUUUGACCAUACCAAGUUCAUUUCAACCGGGUUUUUGAGUUGUUUUUCAUCACAUCCACGGUAGUUCAAUUGGCAGAACGGAGGAUUCCUUGGAUUGAAAAAUGUUGCGAAUUUAUAACUGUCUCCGAGAACUUGUGUCGUUUGUUUUUGGGUUUCACUAUUUUUAUUUCACCAGUCAUAUUUUUAAUCUGUCUUUCAAUUGGAUAAUGGAGAAAAGUACUGCUUCAGGUGUGUUUUCUAGGGGCAUAUAUAGGAUAAACUGUUCUUUUUUCUUAGAUGCUUUUAUAAAAGCAGUCAUAUAGGACAGACAAAAAAUGACAAUUACGUACAAAGGUAAACAAUUGUUCAAACAUUUAUGUGGCUCAGUCGGUUAUAGAACUUCGACAAAAAUGUUGUUGUUUGAUACGCAUAUUUACUGAUUUUUUGUUGUCGUGACCGAAAGUUUCAUAACCAAAAAACAUUUGAAAUCAACCAAUUUAUUUGAGGUCAACUAGUUUAUCGGAGGUCAAACAGUUUAUUCGCGACUCAAGUCUUUUAAAUGGAAAAUUAAGACACAAGUUUUUAUGAGAAGGAUGUACAAGAUUGUGAUGUGAUUGAUUGUUUAUUACUCAGAAAUAAUUAGGUGAUUUCUCAGUUUGGUAACCAAAACUACAUUUGAUUUUUGUUCGGCAAGAUAUAAGGAAGGAAUCACAAUAACAUUUAUUUCAACUACGCUCCAUAGCACAGAAUAAGUUUUGGGAAUAAACUAAACUAAACCCAAAAAUCCAGAAAAUUUUGCUUGAACAUAGACAUAAAUUCUUAAUUUUCCAUCAACUAGUCUUGUUGUUGUAAAGCUGGCUUUUUCAUAUUUGUAAACGGAUCUAAAUAGAGAUAUCAAAAACAAAACUAUCAUCAAUUAUCGAAAAAAAAUUCUAAGGAACUUUCAAAUGAGCCCAGUAUACCUAAUAAUCACCAUCUGUAGCCUAUUGUUGGGCGAGAUGCGAAGAAUGUGUAAACUUCCGACAUCUCAUAUUGUGUUGGAACCUCAAAAGUUUGCAACCGAAGCUCAAAUUAAUUCAAUUGAUCGCGUUGCAAUUCGACUAUAUUGAAAUUAGAUAACAAUUUUGUUGAUUAUGCUAAUGCGCAUUCGACCUCAACAAGCAUAUCAUGCUUACUGUUCGAUUUUGAUAUUUGCUGAUAUUUAUUAUAGCCAACAAAAUUUUGCUUGUGCAUCGCGAAAAUUCAUGCUGUUACCCGCCUCGAUUACCCAUAUAUCAUAUAAAUAAGGAAAAUCGAUCGGGAAAGUUGAAGAAAAUCUAUGAAAUUGUUUUGUAUGGAAUAGGAAAGUCUCCACUCAAUGCAUGCUAGAUCUUCAAUGAUUGUUUGGCGCGUACCGAGUUGUUCAAUGCUUCCACGCUGGAGAGUAAAAUAUGAAUACUAGAUCAUUAGUAAUAUAGUUUGUCGCGCUACGAGCUGUUUUGCGUGAAAAUUUCAAGAGCCUGCUUGAUCCACGUGCUCCACUGGCGGUUGCCUCACUCGGUUCGCCUUCACCACGGUUCUGGCUUUGGAUAACCAAUCCUUUUCUGAUAUGUCGAUUACUUCUUCAGAACCAUCGUCUCCGUUAGGGGAAGCCAGUAAGUCAUCAUAGUGUUAUUUCAUUUCAUUCAUAUGUACAUAAAAUACGUGGCUAUAGCCAUAUUUCCAAUCUGAAAAUCUGACCACUUGUUUAUCGGACGUUUACUUCCUUGAGUUUCUAAUUUGCACCUCUAUAUAGAAAACCAAAGAUGUUUUUCCACAUAAAAAAACGGUCCAUUAAAGAAGACAGUCAAUUUUCGAAAAACAAAGUGACAAAAUCCACACGUUCAAAAACUUUUAAUGAAAUCUGAAAACGUGUUGAUACUUACAGAGUCAUCAAUUUAAUGAAGACUUAUUUUUCAUUUGCCCAAUCGAAUGCACGAGUUUUUUUUUGCGGGGACAUAUGUUAUUUUACAAUUUUUCUAAAUAUUUCUUCUAAUCUUCUGCAUUCGGAUGUCUUAUUGAACACAUUAAAACCAUUGUUUUUAUUGCAGAAUAUCGAAUUUGCGUUUUUAAGAACCAUUUGUACCAUCGCAAUUGUUGUGGAUUAAUCAUACGACCACUGAGCUGAUGGAGAUCAGCGCCCAAUCUCGUAUUUCACCGACCCAGGAUGGGUGGCAUUUUAAGAUUACUGAACAUUCAAAAUUUCCGGCACUGCGCAAUUCAAUUUCGACGCUGUCAGCAACCGAGCGCCUCCACCGUUAUUAUGUCAUGGAACCACCUUGUCGUGGGUUGAUCCAUCAGCACCCUGAAACCGUUCCGUCCCAUGGUAAUAUUACUCUCGAAACAUGAUCGCCGGUGGUUUUACAUGCGAUUAGCUGGCCACCAAAAUUAGUGUCCUCCCAACCGAGCAUGCUGGGUGGGGAGGAGGAGGAAGUGUAAUUAUUUCGAAUUUCAAACAGACCAGCUGUGCGAAACUUUUACCAACAGCAGGCAGUUCGUUACUAGCAGCAGAACCCUGCGGAACUAGGUGUCCGGAUAAAUUUCAGCAUAUUCAAAUCAGCUGCUACUGCUGCACAGCACUCCGCUGGUUUCCAGUUUUAAAUCGUACUCAUUAGUCUCACCGUUGCUGCCGUAACUGGCGAUGGAGAGGAACGAUGGUUCCAACAACCAACCUAGCACUGAUUAUGAUGAAAUAUUCAAUUGCCUAAGUUCCGCACCAUGCAGAAACCGUUGGAAGCGGGUUGGAUAAUUUUGAGUACCGUACGAAUUUUGCACAGAAGUUGAUCGAAAAAAAAACAUAACUGAACAAGCGCCCGGUACGUACCCAUGGUAGAACAGUCCGUUUUCUGAAUUAUUCACGAUUAAUUUAAUCAAUUUUCAUGGCCAGCCGUUACUACUACUGCCUCUGGUCUGCUUCCGUGGAAGUAGGACAAUUGCGUUUGUAACAAUGGAAAGCCGGGGCACAAACCCAUACGUAGCAAAGGAUUUAUCGUACCACUUUUUUAUAUUACCGUGAUAAGAAUUCAUUCCACCGUUGUUCACAGUUUCGACCGGUGCUUUGGCAAUGAAACAAAAUACGACGAAUCUUAAAUCUCAGCUUACAUUCUGGUGCUUGCGUGGGGAGUUUUAGGUUUUACAACGCGAGCGUAGAAUCGUUGCGUUUGGGUCGAUGCUCGACUACGCAAUCCAGGACCUUUCGAUUGAUGCAAUCCGAAUUCGCUCCACUUUCUGAUCAGCCGAAAAUUUCCGCGUCUUGCCGCUCGGUCCAGAAACUGUGAAUCGUGCAUUCCGUUCAACCACAAAAAAAAAAUCAGCAAACAUCCGAACUGCCUGUCUGCGAUCGCAAAGUCGUUAAUUGUCGUAUAAAAAAACAAGUAUAAUAUUCUGUUCACGCUCCGGCAAUCCUAACGAAUGUCCUAAAGCUGUGCUAAUCGCACUCGAGUGAAGAAGAAAAAAAACCGAUACCGAAAUAAUACUGCGACUGAAUAAUGUUAAUGAUGAUAAGAAAAAAAAAAUAAAUGUAAAAACUGCUAAAAAAAAAAACAAAUCACGCACCCAAAAACAAAGAAGCAGAAAUUGAAUCAGUUCAUUUGUCCACACACAGAAAGAAAACAAAAUCUAGCAAGCGAAGUGAACUAAUAGUAGGUAAAACAAUGUUGAGUAAGUGAAAUAAAAACAGAAGAAAAACAAACUAGUUUAAGGAUCACAUUUUGUACAAUAUAAAAGUAAGGCACAGGUGACGAGUACCAGAACCGACCGAUUGGGGGGGGUCGGAUGGUUUUUUUCGUAUUUGUUCCCCGGUAGUGUGGCGGAGCACAUCGCGGUCUCAAGUUCCACAUUUACUUUUCUCGCGCUAGUGGAAAGCGAACCACCACCACCUGUUUUUCAGUGUUGAUAGUGAAUAAUUGCAAAAAUCAAUCUUUCAAAGCAAACCGUUGGUGAUUAACAAAAAAGGUAGUAGGAUGUUAAGAGUGUGCGUGUGGGUGUGGGAUGUACGUGUGUGAUUACCUGAGAGGGUGUGCGUAUCAGACAAGGCAGCAAAAAAAAAAAACAAUGGUCGUAGAUUUUCUAGUAAUCUGUAUAACGCAAAUCAGUAGUGUUAAAUUAAACUCUGCGAAAAUUCUAGUGAAAAAAUCCCACACGAGGAAACCGGCUAGCUACUAACAUGCAGCAGCACACAAACAGAGACCGACACAAAGUGGGGUUUAGGUGGGGUUGGGAAAAAGGGGCGAGCCCACUAUUUUGUACAACUUUCGGGUUGCCAAGCCGGGCAGCCCUCAAUCGAUAAAACAAAAAAGCCAGUUCUUUGCUCGCUCGAUACUAUUUUGUAAUCAUACAAAUGGGGAAGAAAGCAAAGGUCAUAAAGAUUACAGAAAUCGAUACUAAGAAGACAAACAAAACAAAAACAAAAAAUCGCUAAAUGUGCCAGUUGAAAGAAACCAAAUAAAUCACGUGGUGGGCAAAGAGGAAGAGGAAUGUGAAAACGAAACACUAGACGUUGGGUUGAGAGUUUAGAUUGUAGAUCGAUUCAAAGCGUAACACGAGGAUGAGAAGUAAUUUUUUCUUUGUGUUUCGUUUCGUCGGGGAACUGGAUGUUUAGUUAAGUCAAAGUCGAAAUCCAAAUCAGUGAAAAUAUGUGAAUAGAAACGAUAAGAAAAAUGUCUAUGAGAUGGUAAAAAAAAGAAAGAAAAACACAAGAAAAAAACUUAACUAUAUAUUAUAUACACUAGGUACUUAUAUAUUGAUAUAUAUUAUAUACAAAGAUGAGAAUGGAGGCGAAACGUUCGUUCAUUGAAUUUGUAGCGAGAAGGAGAAGGAGGAGGAGUACAUCGUGAACGCUUGUUCCGUUUGUUUCGUUUCUGUCAGGGAAGGGAAGAAUGCAAAAUAUGUUCUCGACUUCCUUUCGUCUUUGUUGUGCGAACAGCGUCGCAUCAGAUGAUGUUACAAAAGAAAAAAAACAAGGUGAUUUCGAUUUCGUCAAUAGUAGUAGCUUAUCGAGACUACACAGAAGAAACUUUAGAAGGUCUCGAGUAUGAGAUCUACAUUUCUGUUUUGUUCUGAUCGGUACAAUUGUUCGUGUCUUUUCCGUUCUGUUUUUUUUCCUUUGAAAUUUGAUAAAAUAAAUUUUCAUGUCAUGAA